AUGGUUUCUGCUAAAAUUUUACCUGCCUUCUUAAGUCUUUUCGCUCUUGCAAGCGCACAAUUGGAAAACAAUGUCAUUGAGUAUAAUGUCAUCAAUUUAUUAAACGAUACACAUACUAUGGGUGUUAUCGUAGACAAUGUAACAUAUCCUUUGUCUUUUGAUUCAAAAGUAACCAAUAUACUUUACAACGGUAAAGCACCUGUUGCUAAGAACGGUUACCAAUACGCCAAGAUUUCUAAGGAAGACAACAGCACCGAGGCAGAGCCGUUCGUUCGUCAACCCACUCAUGAAAGUACACUCAAUGAAUUUUAUAAUCGUACAUGGAAUACGCAGAAUGUGUCUCAGCUUCCUGUCGUUUUUGAGCCUUUGAAGGCUAUCAAUCGUGCUCAAUCCGAUUUGCACAGAGAAGGUGAAAUUCCAACUAUUCACUUAGUGGCCAACCAAACUGCUAUCGAUUUGAUGCACAACAGCAAUUCUACCGAAGAUUACAAGAUUGACACCAAUAUGACAUACAUCACUUUGAACAACACACAAUCUUAUGAAGCUGCCGAAAUCUCCUUAGCUGGUCGUAGUUCUCGUUGGAUGACUAAACUCUCUUAUAACAUCAAGUUGGCAAAGAAGGACCGAAUCGGGGAGUUUAGAAGAGUCAAACUCAGAGCCAUGGAUACGGAUCCUUCAUAUAUCCGUGAGCAACUUGCUUACGAUGUCAUCAAAUCCACCGGUCUUCUCUCUUCUGAAUUCUCUUUUGUUCGUGUUUUCUUGAAUAAUCAAGCACUUGGUCUCUUUGGUAUUAUUGAAACAUUCCACGACCCUUGGUUGGCCAAUUCCUUUGCUGGCGGUGAUAAGAAAUACAAGAACGGAAACUUAUACCAAGGUGUCUUUCAAAAUGCUCAAUCCUCUGCAAUGAAUCGCACUUCAGAUUUGAGCUACUAUAACAACAUCACAGCAUACGCAGAUGGCCAGUACAAGAUCAAGGUUGAAGCUUCCAAAGGAAAGUCCGAAGACUACACGCCAUUGAUGGAAUUUACCAAGUUUAUUGAUACCGCACCUACCACUAGUUCCGACGCUGUUGCCGCAUGGAAUGAAAAGCUUGAUACCGACAGCUUCCUUCGUAGUAUGGCACUUGAAGUAAUUAUGGGGUACUCUGACGGUUACUUUACCAUGGUCGAUAACUAUUAUCUGUAUCAAAAUUUGGAUACUGGAAAGUUCUUUUAUAUCUCCUCUGACAUGGAUCUUACUCUGGGUUCUUGCAUGUUUAAAUUAGACGACAUGUGGAGUGGAAACUACACGACUUUCCCUGGUUUGGCUACCCGUCCUUUAAUGAAGAAGAUUUUGCAAGUACCCGAAUUCAAGCAACAAUAUGAAGAGUUACUGGUCAAUAUCACCCAAAAGUUGGUUAAUCCUGUCGUAAUGAAUGAUCGUAUUAAUGGUCUUGUGGCUAUGACUAAGGAAGAUGUCGCUUGGGACAAGACAUUACCUCGUGUCGGUAAAGAUGUUUUCGGUGCAUUAGGGGCUGCUAUGAGUAACUCUAGCGACAUGAGUUCUAUGGAAUCAUCUGAUAUUGGAAAUGUGAUUGGUGACUUCCCUCCCAACAUGGAUAUGGAAGUCUUGCUCGAUUUCGGAACAAGAAUGAGCACUAACUUGACACAGCAGGAUGCAGUCAAUGGUCCUACUGGUUACAAAUCUUUAUCUGGUGUUAAAGAAUGGAUCAAGAACCAAAGUGGCGCCAUCACGAAAUUUUAUAAUAGUACUUCUUAAAUAAUCUUA